AUGGAUGAUGAAGACAAAGAGGAUCUCUGGGAAAAAACCCGCCGAGGAGUUUCGCUGGUGGGUCAAAUUUUAGGCGCGGGCGUGUCUUCCGGAGUGGAUCCUACUCUCGCCCAGCGUCUUGAAGACUUAGCAGACGAAUGCAAAUCUCUUCUCGGUCGAAUUGCAGAUGAUUGCGAUGGAGAUUGGGCUACGAGAGUUCAGGACAGGUCAAGCGUUCUUGGCUUUGCAGGAACCGGAAUUUCCACGAACAUGCCGGGAUUCGACGAAGAUGCUCCUCAUGAUAUAAGUAGUCCUGCUGUUGACGCUCUCAGGAGAGGGCGUGACGCACUUGGAACAGCACAUGGCGAGUGGAUUGAUAUGGGCAGGCUGACCGCUCCGUGGCUGGAAACGCCUAGGCUUGAUGACGCUUUGCGUAAACUCGAAGAGAAAAUGGGAAGAAUGAGUGAUCUUUUGAAAUCAGCAGCAGGCGCAUGCGGCCGUGGGUGGGGCAAAUAUCUGGAUGGUUUGAAACAAAGGGCAACAGGAGGAGGGGAAGACGCAGAAGACGCCAAGCGGCGAAUCCCAGAUAGCGUGGAAAAGGGAAGGAAAGUUAAAGAUGUUCUCGACUACGUUACAAGUCAACCAUGA